AUGGAGUUUGCGAAUUCUAUUAACACUCAGGAAGAAAGCUGUGAAUCUUUCAGUGAUGCUUCCUCUUCGGCAGUUGCUUCAAAUGAUAUGUCCAAGGAGAAUAUGCACGAUGGUCAGUCAGCUGCAGUUGAGGAGCCUGUAGUCAAAUCUUUGUUGGGAAAGGGAAAAUCUAGAGUUGUUUUCUAUUUAAAGUUGAAUAUGGCUCGUGCUGAGAUUUUGUUGAUGAAGGAAAAUGGCUCUAAGCUUGCUACUUUAUCUCAAGAUAAUUUUCUUACUGAAAUUAAGGUGUUUCCUUCCUCUUUUAGUAUAAAGGCAUCCCUCGGAAAUCUUAGAAUAAGUGAUGACAGUCUUUAUAGCAAUCAUAUGUAUUUCUGGGCAUGUGACAUGAGGAAUCCGGGUGGAAAUUCAUUUGUGGAGUUGGUAUUUUGUUCAUUUAGUGCUGAUGAUGAAGACUACGAGGGUUAUGAUUAUAGCCUUUGUGGGCAGCUGUCGGAAGUGCGCAUCGUUUAUUUGAAUCGUUUCCUUCAAGAGGUUAUCGGUUACUUCAUGGGUCUUGUUCCUAGUAAUCCAAAGGAUGUUGCCAGAAUGAAAGAUCAAGUGACAAACUCAGAGAAGUGGUUUACAAAAAGUGAAAUUGAAGGCUCACCUGCAUUGAAGUUGGAUCUUUCCCUUAAAAAGCCAAUCAUAUUAAUGCCUCGGAGAACAGAUAGCCUUGAUUAUUUAAAGCUUGAUGUAGUUCAAAUUACUGUCCAGAACACCUUUAGAUGGAUUGGAGGGAGCAAAAGUGAAGUUCAGGCUGUACAUGUGGACAUAUUACAAAUUCUUGUUGAAGAUAUCAAUUUAAAUAUUGGCUUGGGAUCAGAAUUGGGUGAAAGCAUAAUACAAGACGUCAAGGGUGUUUUUAUAGUCAUUCGUAGGUCACUUCGCGACUUGUUGCAUCAAAUUCCCAGUACAGAAGUUUCUAUUAAGAUUGAAGAACUGAAAGCUGCUUUAUCUAACAAAGAGUAUGAAAUAAUAACAGAAUGUGCACAAACUAAUAUUUCAGAGACUCCAAAUAUUAUCCCUCCUUUGAAAGAUGAGCCCUCAUCGCUUUCAGUUGAUGUGUCAGGACAAGUCAUUUCUCGAGUUUUAGAUUCUACUAAAUCAGGAACUCAAUACAGGGAAACAUGGAUUGCCACUAAGGUUUCUGUUGAUAUAGAUUUGGUUGAACUCUCUCUUCACUAUGGGGUUACGAGGGAUGCCUCUCUUGCCACCGUGCAGGUGAGUGGUGUAUGGCUUCUGUACAAAUCUAAUACAAUUGGGGAAGGUUUUCUAUCAGCUACACUGAAGGAUUUUACUGUAAUUGAUGAUCGUGAAGGUACAGAGCAGGAACUCAGGCUGGCCAUUAGGAAGCCUGAUAUGAUUGAGUAUACCCCUUCACAAUCUGCGACUCACAAAAUGGAUUAUAAUGUAGUCGACAUCAAUAUAUUGGAAAACGCAAGAAAGUUUGUCCCAACAAUGCUUAUACUUGAUGCAACAUUUAGUGAUUAUUCAACAUCUAUUUCUUUGUGCAUCCAAAGGCCACAAUUGCUAGUUGCUCUCGAUUUUCUGCUUGCUAUUGUUGAGUUUUUUGUGCCAACAAUUCGUGUAAUGUCGCACGAAGAGAAUGCUAACUCUGCGCCUUUUGUGGAUUCUCUCAUACUUGACCAACCGAUUUUCUAUCAACCCUGUACUGAAUUCUCUCUCUCUCCACAAAGACCCAUGGUUGCCGAUGAUGAAAAAUAUGACCUUUUUAUAUACGACGGACAAGGUGGAAUUUUGUAUCUAAAAGAUAGAUCGGGAUUAAAUCUUAGUUCUCCAAGUACGGAAGCUUUAGUUUAUGUGGGGACUGGAAAGAAACUGCAAUUUAGAAAUGUUACUAUCAAGAAUGGACUGUACUUAGAUUCGUGCAUUCUACUAGGAUCAAAUAGUAGCUAUUCAGCCUCUGAGAAAGAUAAUGUCUUUUUGGAGGCAGAAAAUGGAACCUCUUUACUUCAUUCUUCCGAAGAAAUUAUUAAUGAAGCUGCAGCACAAAAUGUUGCUGCUAACAGACCUACAGAGUUGAUUUUUGAAUUACAGGCUAUUGGUCCAGAGCUUACCUUCUACAAUACAUCAAAAACUGCAGCAUCUCAUAUCCUAUCUAACAAACUUUUGCAUGCACAGUUGGAUGCAUGCUGCAGGGUUGUUUUGAAGGGCGACACAGUUGAAAUGAAUGCACACGCUCUAGGGUUGACCGUGGAGAGCAAUGGAAUAAGAAUUUUGGAGCCUUUUGAUACCUCUGUUAAAUUCUCUAAUGCUUCUGGAAAGACGGACAUACAGUUGGCUGUCUCAGACAUAUUCAUCAAUUUUUCAUUCAGUAUCUUGAGACUGUUUUUAGCUGUUGAAGAGGAUAUUCUGUCAUUUUUAAGGAUGAGAACUGAGAAAAUGACUGUUUUGUGCUCUGAGUUCGAUAGAGUUGGAACUAUCAAAAAUCCUGACAAUGACCAAAUAUAUGCAUUUUGGAGACCUCGUGCACCAACUGGUUUUGCUGUACUUGGUGACUACUUGACGCCAAUUGACAAGCCACCAACAAAAGGAGUAAUUGCUGUUAAUACCAGCUUUAUAAGAGUGAAGAGACCUAAAUCUUUCACUUUAGUUUGGCUCCCUUCCUCAUCUGAUGGGUUGGUGGCUGCAGAUAAAACUGGGGUUGAAGGAGAUGGAAUCUGUUCGAUUUGGUUCCCUGAAGCCCCAAACGGUUAUGUGGCGUUGGGCUGCGUGGUUUCUCCAGGAAGGAAAGAGCCACCAAUUUCUUCAGUGUUCUGCAUCUUGGCAACGUUGGUUUCUCCAUGUGGCCUUAGAGAUUGUAUUAGUAUUGACUCUAGCCGUCGACUUUCUAAUUUGGCAAUUUGGCGAGUGGAUAAUGCUGUUGGUACAUUCUUACCUGCUGAUCCAAUCACUUUGAGCUUGACUCAGAAAGCAUAUGAACUGCGACAUAUAUAUUUUGGGUUUCCUGAAAUUUCUCCAGAAAAACUUAAGAGUUCAAAGAUCCAGGGAUUUCCUUCUGGUGGUGAUUAUAGCAUGCAAACAGAAAGGACAUCAAUUGUAAAUUCCAGGCAGUUUGAAACAGUUGCUAGUUUCCGGUUAAUCUGGUGGAAUCAAGGUUGGGGAUCAAGAAAGAAAUUAUCUGUAUGGCGUCCUGUAAUCCCACAAGGGAUGGUAUACUUUGGAGAUAUUGCAGUUCAAGGGUAUGAGCCUCCAAACACAUGCAUUGUUCUUCACGAUUCAGAAGAUUCUCAGCUUUAUAAAGCCCCUUCAGAUUUUCAACAUGUAGGACAUAUAAAGAAACAUAGUGGAAAAGAUGACAUAUCCUUCUGGAUGCCUCAGGCUCCACCUGGUUUUGUGUCCUUAGGAUGUGUUGCUUGCAAGGGCACGCCAAAGCUAUCUGAUUUCAGCUCUCUAAGAUGUAUUCGCAGUGAUAUGGUCACUGCAGGUCACUUUUUAGAGGAAAGUAUAUGGGACACAUCUGAUUCCACGUUUACUAAGGAACCAUUUAGUAUAUGGACAGUUGACAAUGACUUGGGAACCUUUAUUAUCCGCAGUGGUUUGAAGAAACCUCCAAAAAGGUUUGCUUUGAAACUUGUUGAUUCAGACAUACCAAGUGGCUCCGACAAUACUGUGAUUGCUGCAGAAAUAAGAACAUUUUCUGCAGCACUUUUUGACGACUAUGGCGGUUUGAUGGUCCCUUUGUGCAAUGUAUCAUUGAACAGCAUAGGGUUCAGCUUGCAUGGAAAACCUGACUACUUGAAUUCCAGUGUGAACUUCUCUUUAGCUGUGAGAUCAUAUAAUGAUAAGUACGAAUCAUGGGAGCCUCUUGUUGAACCAGUUGACGGAUCAUUGAGGUACCAGUACAAUCCUAAUGAUCCAGGUGCUGCUUCUCAGCUACGACUGACUUCUACAAGGGAUCUAAACUUGAAUGUGUCCGUCUGUAAUGCCAACAUGAUUUUUCAAGCGUAUGCGAGCUGGAAUAACCUUAGCCACAUACAAGAAUCAUAUGGGGAAGCAAUUUCAUCCACUGCUGGAGGGAAAUCUGCUGUUGAUGUACAUCACAAAAAAGAUUACUAUAUCAUUCCCCAAAAUAAGCUUGGGCAGGAUGUUUUCAUCAGAGCUUCUGAAAUCAGGGGACCUUCUAAUGUAAUCAAAAUGCCAUCAGGAGAUAGUAAGACCCUGAAAGUGCCGGUUUCAAAGAAUAUGUUAGAUUCUCAUAUGAAAGGAAAUCUUCUUGAGAAACUCAAAACAAUGGUGGCAAUCAUCAUAGCAGAUGCAGAGCUCCGAAAGGUAGAUAGCUUGUCUUCUCAUCAGUACACAGUAGCAGUCCGUAUUUACCCAAAUCAGAGCUACCCGAAUGAAUCUUUUCUCGACCAACAUAUUGCUCGAACUUGUGGAUCUGUCUCAGAUGAUUCCAAAUCUCCAGAUAUGGAAUUCGUGAAGUGGAACGAAAUAUUUUUCUUCAAAGUUGAUUCACUGGAUUGCUGUAUGGUGGAAUUUAUUGUGACUGACACUGGAAAAGGUGUGCCAGUUUGCUACUUUUCAUCUCCCGUGAAACAGCUGUUAGGAUCUCAAGACUACUCUAAUUCAUAUGAUUAUUUAAAUGAGCUUAGUUGGCGAGAGUUGUCCUCUACAGAAUCGGCGCUGAAUAUCGAAUCCAGGAAAAUUGGUAGAAUGAGAUGUGCAGUGCUCUUACCGCCUAGAUCUGAAAUUGAAAACAUUGACAGAUCAUUUAGUGGAAAUAGAAAUUCUGGUUCUAUUCAGAUUAGUCCUACCCCAGAGGGACCAUGGACUAAUGUGAGGCUAAACUAUUCUGCACCUGCUGCUUAUUGGAAAUUGGGCAAUGAGGUGGUUGCAAGUGAAGUCAGCGUAAUUGAUGGAAACCGAUAUGUCAACAUCAGAUCUUUAGUAUCAGUUCAUAACAGAACUGACUUUUCGCUAGAUGUGUGCCUCCAGCUCAGAGCUUCAAAUGAAAAUACGAACUCAAUAGCAGGUGACAGAAAGGAGGUUAACUAUGAUGGAAAUGAAUUUGUGACGGAUGAGUUCUUUGAAACUGAGAAAUACAAUCCAAAAAUUGGUCGGGUUCCAUGUUCUGACUAUGAGGAGGGAGUUUCAGGAGUUGAGUUGCCAUCAGGAUGGGAAUGGAUUGAUGAAUGGCAUGUAGAUAAUACCUCGGUAAACACUGCUGAUGGAUGGGUUUAUCCUCCAGAUUUUGGAAGUUUGAAGUGGCCAGAGCCUCAAUAUCCAUUAGAAGAUGGGAACUAUGUGAGACAAAGGAGGUGGAUUAGGAAGAGGAAACCAGUGACCAAGGAUUUCAAAUCGCAAAUAUAUCUUGGGCCCUUAAAACCGGGUGAAAUUAUUCCACUUCCUUUGUCUUGCCUGACACAGUCUGCACCAUAUGUAUUGCAAUUGAGGCCUUCAAAUGUGGAAAAUGCCAUCGAAUAUACAUGGAGUUAUGCAAUGGGUAUGUCCACUAGAUCACAGGAUGUGAUGAGGUCGAAAGAAGUUUCUGAAAUAUGUGUCUCAACUCUCAGAGAGUCCGAGGAACUCUUGUAUUGUUCUGAGAUAAGUGGAAGCUCAUCAAAUAGUUCACAUGGUAUGUGGUUUUGUUUGAGCAUCCAAGCAGCGGAAAUUGCAAAGAUCAUUCAUUUUGAUCCAAUUCUGGAUUGGACAAUUGUGGUCAAAUCUCCUAUAUCUAUUGCCAAUUAUCUCCCUCUUGCGGCUGAAAUUUCUGUUCUUGAGAUGCAAGCGAGUGGUCAUUUUCUUUCCUGCUUUAGGGGGGUAUUUAGUUCCGGAGAGACUGUCAGGGUGUAUAAUGCUGAUAUAAGAAAUCCUCUAUACAUUUCUUUGCUUCCACAAACAGGAUGGUUGCCCCUACAAGAGGCCAUUCUCUUAUCCCAUCCUAGCGGUGUACCAUCAAAUACAUUAAGUUUGAGAAGUUCAAUUUCUGGAAGGAUUGUUCAAAUAGUUCUUGAACAAAGCCAUACCAAAGAAAGGCCUUUGCAAGCAAGGAUCAUCAAAGUCUAUUCUCCUUACUGGCUUGCAGUUGCAAGAUGCCCGCCACUCAGUUUUAGGCUUGUUGAUAUGAGUGUCAGAAAAUCAAAGAAGAACCUUCUGUCUUUUACGACAAAGAGGAACAAAGAAGUCUCCCUGGAGGAGAUUACCGAGGAAGAGAUACAUGAAGGUGCAACAAUUGCAUCUGCAUUGAAUUUCAAGUCAUUAGGCCUUUCAGCAUCUAUAAGCCAAGCUGGAGGAGGGCAUUUUGGGCCUGUUAAGGAUCUUUCUCCACUUGGAGAAAUGGAUGGCUCUCUGGAUCUUUUUGCUUAUAAUGCUGAUGGUAAUUGUAUGUGGCUCUUUAUAUCUGCAAAACCUUGCCCCUACCAAUCAAUUCCAACAAAGGUGAUCUCUGUCCGUCCAUAUAUGACUUUUACAAACAGACUUGGUCAAAUUAUAUAUUUGAAGUUAAGUAGUGAAGAUGAACCCAAGGCUUUGAGGGUAUCUGAUACAAGAGCCUCCUUCGUAUUUCGUGAAUCUGGUAGGCCCAACGAGAUUCAGGUACGACUGGAUGAUACAGACUGGGCAUUUCCUGUUCAAAUAGUGAAGGAGGAUACCAUUACUCUGGUCUUAAGGAAACAUGAUUGUACACGGAGAUUUCUACGGACAGAAAUUCGAGGUUAUGAGGAAGGAUCUCGCUUUGUAGUUGUAUUUCGCCUGGGAUCAGAAAAUGGUCCUAUUAGGAUUGAAAACAGAACAAAAAACAGGAUGGUAAGAUUUCGCCAAACAGGAUUUGGUGAUGAUGCAUGGAUUCUGCUACAUGCACUUUCAACCACAAACUUUUCUUGGGAAGAUCCAUAUGGCCAAAAAUUCAUUGAUACUGAGAUUCAUGGUGCCAGUAGUAAUGUAGUCUGCAAGAUUGAUUUGGAUAAAUAUGGGUUAUCCUCUGUGGAAGAUGAGUUGGGCUUGUUUGUCCAUGUUGCAAAUAUUGGAGAUAUUAAGGUUGUUAGGUUUGUAAAUGAAAGCACGCCGUUUUCAAGAUCAAAUGAUGGGAAUGAGUCUAUAGUGCAAUGGGGUAAUUGGGGAAAUGCUCACCUACAAACUAAGAUGUCCAAGCAGGGAUCUCCCUUAGAGCUUAUUGUCGAGUUGGGAGUCGUUGGGAUUUCUAUCGUGGACCUUCAACCAAGAGAGCUUGCCUACUUGUAUAUGGAGAGGAUCUUUAUUUCCUAUUCGACUGGCUAUGAUGGUGGGACUACGAGCAGGUUCAAGCUUAUAUUUGGCUACAUGCAGCUUGACAAUCAGCUUCCUCUGACUGUAAUGCCUGUACUUCUGGCACCUGAACAAUCACCUGAUGUGAAUCAUCCAGUUUUCAAGAUGUCUCUAACAGUACGCAAUGAAAACCUCGACGGUAUCCAGAUUUAUCCACAUGUUUAUAUACGGGUAAUUGAUACGGUUUGGAGGCUUAACAUCCAUGAGCCAAUUAUCUGGGCGUUGGUAGAUUUUUUCAACAAUCUCCAACUAGAUCGCAUUCCUCAAAAUUCCAGUGUCACUCAAGUUGAUCCUGAAUUACGUAUAGACUUAAUUGACAUUUCUAAAGUGAGACUGAAGGUGUCUUUGGAGACUGCACCAGCUCAAAGACCACAUGGGCUUCUGGGUGUGUGGAGCCCCAUACUGUCAGCUAUUGGGAAUGCUUUUAAAAUUCAGGUUCAUUUGCGCCAAGUGGUGCAAAGAGACAGAUUUUUACGAAAGAGUACUGUUAUGUCUGCCAUUGGGAAUCGUAUAUGGAGAGAUCUGAUUCACAAUCCAUUACAUUUGAUUUUUUCAGUCGAUGUACUAGGGAUGACAAGCUCCACUUUGGCCUCUUUGAGUACAGGUUUUGCUGAGCUAUCAACUGAUGGACAGUUUCUGCAGCUUCGUUCAAAGCAGGUUUGGUCAAGAAGAAUUACUGGUGUUGGUGAUGGAAUCAUACAAGGAACAGAAGCUCUCGCACAAGGUGUUGCUUUUGGAGUGUCGGGGGUUGUGAGGAAACCUGUGGAGAGUGCUAGACAAAAUGGUCUUCUUGGCCUUGCCCAUGGGCUGGGACAAGCUUUCCUGGGAUUUGUUCUACAACCUAGAAUACGAAAUCCCCGAGCCAUUCAUUCUGACAACAUACUUAGAGAGUACUCUGAAAGAGAAGCUGUUGGUCAGAUGAUACUUUACCUUGCAGAAGCAAGUCGGAAUUUUGGAUGCACCGAAAUAUUUAAAGAACCGUCAAAAUUCGCCUGGUCAGAUUGCUAUGAAGAACAUUUUGUGGUACCUUACCAACGGAUUGUUUUAGUGACCAGUAGCCGAGUCAUGUUGCUGCAGUGUCUGGCUCUAGAUAGGUUAGACGAAAAGCCCUGCAAAAUCAUGUGGGACGUGCCGUGGGAAGAACUUAUGGCCUUGGAGUUAGUCAAAGCUGGCUACCUCAGACCUUCUCACUUAAUCAUCCAUCUGGAAAACUUUAGGAGAUCAGAAAACUUUGUUCGAGUCAUAAAAUGCAAUACAGAAGAAGAAACAGAGGAAAGAGAACCGCAAGCAGUUAGAAUCUGCUCAGUGGUCCGUAGGAUGUGGAAGGCACACCUGGUUGACAUGAAAAGCCCAUUGUUAAAGGUUCCUUCAAGCCAAAGACACGUGUCUGCUUCUUGGAGCGAAUAUGGAGGAAAAGAAUCUCGUAGACAGCACAGAGCCAUUAUCACGUCAGUGGAAAUUUCUUCUUCAGGUUUUGUUUCCAAUGACCGGAGAUUUAUCAAACAUAGUGUCAACUUUUCUAAGGUUUGGAGCAGUGAGCAAGAAUCAAAAAGUCGGUGCACGUUAUGCCGAAAGCAGAGUUUGGAGGACGGGGAAAUUUGUAGUAUCUGGCGGCCAGUUUGUCCCGAUGGGUAUAUCUCGAUUGGUGAUAUAGCACGUAUGGGCAACCAUCCUCCUAAUGUUGCAGCAGUAUAUUCCUUUUCUGAUGAAUUAUUUUCCCAUCCAGUGGGUUAUGACCUGGUUUGGAGAAAUUGUUCAGAUGACUAUAAAACUCCUGUAUCAAUUUGGCAUCCACGGGCACCUGAGGGCUUUGUAUCACCUGGAUGUGUUGCUGUACCAAGUUUCACAGAGCCAGAACCAAAUACUGUGUAUUGCAUUGUUGAAUCUCUUACCGAGGAGACAAUGUUUGAAGAACAAAAGAUUUGGUCGGCACCUGACUCGUAUCCAUGGGCAUGCCACAUUUACCAAGUGAAAAGCGACGCACUUCACUUUGUUGCAUUAAGACAGCCUAAGGAAGAAUCUGACUGGCAGCCCAAAAGGGUUCGUGACGAACCCCAGCUUUGA